GCCAAUUUUGACAGAUCAAAAGUCAUCGAACCACGGGUUAGGAUGAGGUGAUUUGUUUUCCUAAUUUUUUGUGAAUUUCCGCUGGCCAUCCUUAAAAUUCCACAGUAGAAGCUGAUCGCCAACAGCCUUCUGGAGUGAGCAUCGAAAGUUAUAUGUAUGUUUUAUAAUAGAAGAAUUGUCACGUCAUAGUCGGACGUCACGAGCAGCGACGUCCGUGAUAAGCGUCAGGUCGGGGUUGAUGGUGUAGUGGUCGGUCGUGUGAGGGUUGCGAUGGCGGAGACGAGCGAGGCGCAGGCAAGCGCGUCGGCGCCGGGCGGCGACCCGGGAGGAGAUGACGAGAAGCGAGACGAGCGAAUGCUGGAAUGCAACAUUUGCCUGGACACAGCGCGGGAUGCCGUCGUAUCCAUGUGUGGUCAUCUCUUCUGCUGGCCCUGCCUUCACCAGUGGCUCGAAACGCGGCCGAGCCGGCAGGUGUGUCCUGUCUGCAAGGCCGCCAUCAGCAGAGACAAGGUCAUCCCGCUCUACGGCCGAGGGAACACCAAGCAAGAAGACCCCAGGAACAAGGUGCCACCGCGGCCAGCGGGGCAGCGCACGGAGCCCGAGAACAACAGUGGCUUCCCGGGCUUCGGCUUCGGUGAGGGCUUCCAUAUGUCGUUCGGCAUCGGCGCCUUCCCCUUCGGCGUGUUCACUUCCACGUUCAACUUCGGCGACCCGAGGCCUAGCGCCGCCCCCCGCGGCACGGCGCAGUACGAGGAGGAACAGUUCCUCUCGAAGAUAUUCCUGUGGGUGGCCAUCCUAUUCGUGCUGUGGCUCAUUUUCGCCUGACCGACCCUCUCCCUGUCUGGGUUUUACAUACCCGCGUUACACUCUAAUCCGGAAGGUAAACUAAUUGCAGUUUGAUUUUUUGUAUUGAUUUUUGGGUGGAUCAAUUAUUUCUUGUUCUGUCCCGUCAAGGACAAUAGUUGCACAGUUAUUAACCCUUUUACAACCAGACGUCAACAGACGCGAGCGCCUACAGCCACAGAAUAAGUAAUAGUAGGUAUUGUCAUACAGAACGGCCACGCCCCGCGACAGCAGAUUGACGGCCGUUUGCCGACCGCUCAGUACUGUUUUUAAGCAACUUACUUACACAAUGAUGCAUGCCGCGUGUACAGACGUACCGUUCACACAUAGAAACGCAAGUGAUUCUUGUUAUAGCGUGUCCGCCCUGUGCUACAGCUCAAUAUCAACCUUCGUGCAUUCAACAAGGCUUACAAUGA